GUGCAUGUGUAUGAUGUGUGUGUGUAACGUAUGAGAAGCCAUACACAUGUGUUCUGUGCGGCAUGCUGCGCUAGAUGCACUGGAACCAUUUUGCAGUAACAUUUUUCGCCGAAACUUCAGCGAGCGGCUUUCGACGAAACCCCGUGCAGCUAGCUGAAUUGGAACCUCCGAUGUGGCACCGAGUCUCACGAUUGCAUCAGAUCCUCACCGCUCGACGCCGACCAUAACUCGACGUGCUUGCUUGCCGAAAGUUCGGGGUGUUUGGAUUGUCCAGUCACGCUUGGGACCCUGUCCUGGGAGUGGGAGAAUAAUUUACCUCACCUUAAUGAAUUGGAUAAUGUAACAUGGAUCCAGAAUUUAGAAAGUCUAAUGAACAUUGGAUCGAGGCAUCAGCAGCUACGUCAGAAUGGUUCCCAGAGAAGCAGUACCAGGCCCAGAAGACAUGGUUCCAGUCCUUCUGUCUGCGGGUCCUCAAAUGUGGUCCUGUGCCUCAGCACGUAGCCUUCAUCAUGGAUGGCAAUCGCAGAUUUGCUAAGAAAAAGUCUUUUCAGACCCUAGAGGGGCAUUCACUUGGUUUUGAGAAAUUAGCGGAGACUCUACAAUGGUGUUUAGAUCUAGGUAUUACAGAAGUCACUGUUUAUGCAUUUAGUAUAGAAAACUUCAAGAGAUCAAGGCAAGAAGUCGACGGACUGAUGGAAUUGGCAAGAAAGAAAUUUCUCAGAUUAUUAGAAGAAAAAGAUCAAAUCAUGAAGCAUGGUGUCUGUGUGCGAGUUAUAGGAGACCUCGACCUCCUACCCAGGGAUGUGCAAGAAGUCGUUGCAGAAGCCAUGUUUAUAUCACGUGAUAACACAAGGGCUACUCUAAAUGUAUGUCUAGCGUAUACCUCCAGGCAAGAGAUGGCCAAUGCAGUCAAGGAGGUGGCUCUAGGAGUAGAAGAAGGCAUCCUCUUCCCAAGUGAUGUUUCAGAGGAAUUAAUAGAGCAAUGUCUGUAUACUAAUAGAUGUAAAGAUCCUGAACUACUGGUGAGAACAUCGGGGGAAGUCAGGUUAAGUGACUUCUUAUUGUGGCAGAGCGGCUAUUCAGUACUGUCUUUCGUUGAGGUGUUGUGGCCAGAGUUUUCCAUAUGGCACUUGUUUGCAGCAGUUCUUCACUACCAGACCAAAUAUAAUGCAGUACAGACUGCAAAGGAAGCCAUGUUACACAACAGGAGGAGAGCCGUCCAGGAAUCGGACCACAGAUGCGUUCUGGAUCAGUUAAACAACAGUAAUCAAACAACGAUCUCGGAUCAUAUAGAAACGCCUAGUAAUGAGGAUUCAUUCCAUAAAAGACUUUCAGAGUACACUCGCGAUCGUGAGUCAAGGAUAGCAAAGUUUCUAGGAUCACUUCACGCAAGGAGAGAAAACUUUUUAAUUAGUUUAUUACCUGAAAGGACUCGAUGCCAACUUGUAUCCUAAUUCUGCUAUUGGAGUAUUCCAGCAACUUUCCAAUUUUUUUUUGUUUCUUUUUAUUGUUCCAAGAAUUUUAUGAAUGAAUAUAUGAGAGAGAUUUAAUAUUGUGUUUAUAUUUUGAACAAGUACUGAUGAGGAAAUGAAAUAUUGACUACUGAAAGGGCAAUUAUGGCCUUUUUGUAAGUUUAAGUGAAAAUAUAAUUUUAAAACAUGAUGAAAAUCUCAUUCAAAUUUUUUAAGGACAAGUUCUUGAAUCAGUGCUAUAUUAUCACAUAGUAUGCAGUCAAAUUAAUGAGUCGAUAAUCCUCUCAUUAUUUCUUUAUUUGUGCAUAGAAAAGUAAUAAAAUUUGCAAACCUGGUGGCUUGUUAAUGUAAUAAAUUCUUAAUGAAGCACAUAACUCACAGUGUGAUUACUGCUGUACAAGAACUGAUUAUCAUGACUACAAAUAGAAACGACCGUUUUGAAAUUGGAUAUUGAUUAGAUUACAUGGGGAGUGAAUAGACGACAAUAUCAACAUUACUUGUUUGGAUAUGUGAUGCAUCUUUCUACUAAAUAAAAUUCAAUGUCGAGAACAUUUUGAAAUUCCUAGGGGUGAUUUGUAGAGAGAUGAGUCUGACUUAAAAAAGUGCCAACACACACGCUCUCAAAAUAUUAAUGCAACUUGGUAUUUUACAUGUUGUUUGUAGUCGGACUUAAAUCUUUGUGAAACACCCUCAAAACUCUUAUUUUGUUAUAUUUGAUGAAGCGUUUCCAGUAUUAAUGAAAUUUUUGUUAUUCAUUUAAACUUGCAAAUUGGUUAAACUGGCCCUUUACAUCCGAAUGAGGUAUUUGCCUCCAUAUAUUUCCAAUGAAUUUAUUCAUUUCUUCAAUUGACAAUUAGAAUACAUAUUAGAUGUAAAAAAUUGAAUGAUAAAAUCAUGCCCAGCAAUCAAUGUUGCUAUUUUGAAGAUUAAUACCUAUUAUUGUAACCCAAUACUGAUAUAAUUCAAUGAACUUCUUUUAGUUCAUAUUCAUAACGAAGGAUGUGAGAAUAAGUGGACUGCCCUACACUGUACAAAAGACAUUGCCAUUAUACCUCACAUUGAAGGAUUUGUUCUAUUCUUAACAUGGAAGAAUGUUGCAUUUAGAUCAUUCCAAAGUCCAUUCUUCUGGGUCCCGUUUUAUGAUUAUUAUUGUGUGUAAGAAUGGAUGCUAAAAUCAAUCACAAUUGCUCCCAGCCAAUCCAAUUCCAUGAUGUCCGUAGCAAAUAACAAUUUUCUAUCUUGGCCGUGUGUCAUGAAAAGUUCCUGCUCUUGAAGAUGACAAGAACUUCCUUGUUGAAAAGGAGUUUGGGUGCUAUUGUUCAUAACCGAAUACCUACCCAAGACAGCUUACAGAAUAACAAUGACAGUAAGAAUAACCAAACAUUUCUUUUCAAGUCUUCUUAAUUUCCUUUGACAUUUCUUGAAAAGCACCUUGAGCACUCUACAGAGUGGAGUUGGGGCAGUACAAAUCCAAUUUACAUGUCCAUCAUGUUAGGUGCUGUUGCAAGGUGCUUCUAUAUUACCCUGACCAAGCUAGGCUUCUGACUCUGGUGCUCAAAGCUUUUUGAGAAAUUACUUUCUGCAUACCUCGAUACACCUCACCUGGGUUGAGUCCAGCACAGUGAAUGAAUUUCUUGCUGAAGGAAAUUAUGCCAUGGUUGGGAUCCACAACCCUCUGUUUCAAAAUCUGGAGAUUAAUCCACUGGGCCACAAUGCUCCACAAAAGUUGAUUUCUUCUUAGCCAUAGAAGCCUCCAGAAGUUAUCCAAUAAUGAAAGUUUGUAACACUAGCUUAUUAAUGUCAUUAUUAAGUUGUUUGAAUCGGGACACAGGCCUCUGCUACAUUCAUCUCCAAUAAUAGUCAUUUUAUUUAAUGAAAUAGCACAAAGUCAUUUCUUUGCAGUCAUUCAAAUAGAAAGUUCCUCUACCAUUAUCAUCAAAGACAAGUUUUCAUUAAUUCAGUCCAUGAUGAAUAUUUUCUAUUACGGAUUUUUGAUAUUUUCGCUUGGGCAUGCCAUCAAUAUGUGCAGAAUCCAAGGAAAUAUUCAUCCCUCAUAUCAUUAAUACCUUUAUGCUUGUAUACAUGCACUUUUUUUAUUCAUUGGACAUAAACACAUUUAUUCAAAUCCACAGACAUUUCAACAUGACUAGAUCUUAAAGUUUGGUUAUAAAUUUGAAUUUUUCUUGAGAUAAGUAAGUUUUCACUUGCUUACGAAAUCAACUAACUGAAAAUAUAUUUCUGUUGCUACAUGUAUCUCCAAUUAUUAUUUUUUUUUAUUGAUGUGUUCUGGACACUGUUACAUAAAGCUUAGUGGAAAUCUAUGAUCGAUUGCAUUGAUCAUUGUGUAUAAUCUCAGUUUCUACAUAAAUGAGCAAUCACUGGGCUUUAUACUACCAUCCUCUACAAUCCAGGCCCCCAUUUCAUAAAACUUGUUAAAUCUAUAACAGUUAAAAGCUACUGAAAUCAUUUAAUUCAAUUGGCUGAUUGUGAUCUUGUUGUAGAGAUUUGUGCAUUUGUUAUUAUGACAAGUCUUUGUGAAAUGGAACUCAGAUUUGAUUGUACAUGUAGGUUAAGUUUAAGUUGAGCUUUCACAAUGUUUUUGCUCAGAAUUCUAGGAAUAUCCACUCACAUACUCUUUGCUUUGAAA